AUGGAGAAGGAGGUAAGGAGAGGAGGGUGGUGGGUGGUGGUGAUGGUGAUGGCAAUGGUGAUAGGGAGGGGAGAGACACACCUGGUUCAGAACUUCUAUUCUUCCAGUUGCCCCAACGUGGAAGCCAUCGUGAGGCAGGCGGUCAUCAACAAGACUAGCCAGACCACCAUCGCUGUCCCUGCUACUCUUCGUCUCUUCUUUCACGACUGCUUCGUCCAGGGUUGUGAUGCUUCCAUCAUGAUCGCCUCACCCAACGGUGAUGCUGAAAAGGAUGCGCCCGAUAAUCUAUCCCUCGCCGGAGACGGCUUCGACACCAUCAUCAAGUCAAAGCAAGCCGUAGAGUCUGUCUGCCCAGGCGUCGUCUCCUGUGCUGACAUCUUAGCCAUUGCCGCCCGAGACGUUGUCUUCCUUUCAGGUGGGCCAUCGUUCAGCGUAGAAUUGGGGCGGCGUGAUGGGUUAGUAUCAAAUGCAUCUCUGGUGGCCGGACAACUUCCACAGCCAAAUUUCAAUCUCAACCAACUCAAACAGCUCUUCAGCAAGAACAACCUCAACCAAAUCGACAUGAUUGCGCUCUCGGGCGCCCACACCGUUGGCUUCUCACACUGUAACCGCUUCUCCAACCGUCUCUAUAGCUUCUCCUCUUCUUCCAGCCUCGACCCGUCCUUGAACACAAGCUAUGCCCAGCAACUGAGGGCCGACUGUCCACAGAACGUAGACCCCAGCAUCGUCGUCAACUUGGACCCCGUCACCCCUCAGACUUUCGACAACGUUUACUACCAGAACUUGGUCGCAGGGAAAGGUCUCCUCUCCUCUGAUGAGGUCCUCUUUACCGACCCAUCAUCGAAUCCUACUGUCAUUGAUUUCGCUAAUAACCCUUCCGACUUCAGCGCUGCCUUCGCUACCGCCAUGAUAAAGCUCGGAAGGUUGGGUGUUUUGGUUGGGUCCCAAGGCCAGAUCAGGACUGACUGCACAGCGUUCAAUUCUUAA